AUGGAUAUCUACGACAAUGGAUAUCUACGACAAUGGAUAUCUACGACAAUGAGACAAACAAAUCUUUAUGACAACAAAAUCACUAUGACAACAUAUUACGGAGGCAACCAAAUAGCUAAGACGACAAGUUAUCUAAAACAACUAAAUAUGAAAGACAAGGACAUCGCCAAGACAACAGGAAUGCAGGAGGACAAGAUAUGCAAGACAACCAUGUAUCUAAGACAACUAGAUUACCACGGUACCAAGUUAUUUAUGACAACCAGUUACAAAGACAACCAGUUAACUAGGACAAUCAGAAAAGAAGAUAUCUAUGACAACUGCAUAUGUAAGAUAACUAUGACUAAUGAUAUCAAUAUGACAACACAGAUCACUAUGAAUACAAAGAUAACCAUGCCUACCAGAUAUCUAUAA